UGACUGGUUGUUGGAGUUGAGUUCAGUCCGGUUCAGGCUGGACUUUCGUUAAAUUUAGAUAACAUUUUACAUUUCUUAGCAAACAAUCGGGACGUGCAACAGUGCAACUCCUUAAAUAACUAUUAAACUAAUACACAACGGCCGCCGCCGUCUAGAAACUGCGUAAUGGCGCCAUCCAGGUUGGCAUCUAAGCCAAUCGGCGUCAAUGAAAACUUGAACGGCAUCCUGAGUCAUGGCAUCACGACGAGGAGUAAGCAGAUGGCUACUCUGAAAAGCUACAAAGACAGUAUGAAGAUGCCAAACAAGAGGAAGGCCGACAGUCCCCUGAAAGAUGCGACGGCGAAGCGAGCUGCGUUCGGGGACCUCACGAACGCCUUCAACAAGUCCGCUGCCCCAGAGAAAGCUGCGCCUCACAAAAAAGUUACAGUGGAGUCUAAAAUGCUUCCUACACUUAAGAACAUCAAACCACAAGUCACAGUAAAUGGCAAAGCAUCAAAGACAAGACAGCUGCAAAGAGUAGCCACCAAUGCCCUAGAGUCUGUACAUAAGCACUUUGCUAAGGACCCGCCUAAGCCUGUUGCGACUCGGGCCCAGAACGGCAUCCUAAAGAACAUUGAGAAAAAGGUGCUGAAGGAAAAUCAGACUCAGAAUCAGAGUAACUCAUCAAACUCUGCUAAAUCAAUGAGGAGUGAUGUUUCUGGAGAGCCUUCACUAUAUAUGACUGCAUUAGAAAAUAUAAGCCCCUUAGACCCCACAAAAGAAGAAUGCAAGGCGAUCAGCGAGAAACUAGACAAAGUCAACUUAGACGACAGCACAGCGAACAAAUCCCUGGACGAUGAGACUGAUUUCCACCAGGCCCCAGCGGGAGUCGCGGACUUUGACAAGGAGAACUGGAAUGAUGUGUUCCAAGUGUCACAAUAUGCUAUGGAUAUUUUCAUUUAUUUAAAAAGUAGAGAGAAACUAUUCCCCGUGGAUGACUACCUGUCCCGGAUGAAAGGCAUCACCUCCUGGAUGCGAGCCCUCCUCGUAGACUGGAUGGUCGAAGUCCAGGAGAGCUUUGAGCUGAACCAUGAGACGUUAUACUUAGCGGUGAAGCUGGUGGACCUGUACCUGACCAAGUCCUCGCUGAAACAGCAGGAAAAGGACCAUCUUACUAAGGAGGAGCUACAGCUGCUUGGGGCUUCUGCGCUGUUCAUCGCUUCUAAAUUUGACGAACGCAUCCCCCCUCUAGUAGACGAUUUCCUGUACAUCUGCGAUGGCGCGUACUCACUCAGCCAGUUGCUCAAAAUGGAGAUGACCAUCCUCCGCACCGUGGACUUCGACCUCGGCAUGCCGCUCUCAUACCGCUUCCUGCGUCGCUAUGCUCGGUGUGCGCGUCUGUCAAUGCCAACAUUGACUCUGGCGCGCUUCGUGCUAGAACAGUGUCUACUAGACUACGCUUUAGUACAACACUCGGACAGCAAGAUGGCGGCUGCGGCUCUUUACAUCGCGCUACGUAUGAAAUCGCUUGGACACUGGACGCCUACGUUGGAGUAUUACACAGGCUACACGUUUCAAGAGAUCCUCCCCAUCGUCCUAGAACAGAAUGCAUCCCUGCACAAGAAACCCAAGUCGGCCAUCAGCACCGUCCGCAACAAGUACUCCCACACGAUCUUCUUCGAGGUGGCCAAGGUGCCCCUCCUCCCCGAUGAAGCGCUGAGCAGCUGAGGACAACGUGGCAUCUUACUCAAUAUACUCAGGUGGGUACGCUUGCUCUGAUACAGUAUUAUUGUAUGGCCGGAUAGUGGUAGAAGAAAGUUGCUGGUUAGGAUGCGUUUACAUUGAUCCGACUGCCUAUUUCGAUCACUGAUGAUUAGUUGAGACAGUGUAACGCACCCUUAUAUUGUCGAUUGAAACAAAGAAAUACUACAGAUGAAGCUUUUUAGUGGAAUGUAAGGCGUUUACCAUACUGGAUGCUAUUAGCACGUCCGGUCCGAUGUGUGACCGGGAUAUCUAUAAUACGCGCAUUUCGUUGUCUCACUCAUUGUAGCGACAUGCGAAUCGCAUCCAGUGUGAAACACUGAUAACCGCCUAAAUCGGUUAUAUAAACCUACAUCUGUAGCGCAUAAUAAUGUUUUCCAUCGUACUUUCUCGGAAACGUUCGUAUUUGUCAUGCUACCUCAUUCAACCUCAGUACUAUUUGUACCGAGACCGACUGAAACAGCAAGACGCGUUCCGUGAAUGAUGGAAAAUAAUUAGUGUCUCUAUUCCUCAUUUUAGGCAUAUUACAAUGCACUUAUGUAUGUCAAAAACUACUUUCUACUGCCGUUAUUCGAUGGUCAGACUGCCAGUUAUAGUCGGCAUCAAAUAUAUCGGAGCGGCCGAGGUGCUCAAAAUAUCUGAACACGCACUCUAACGCCUUGACAAUGAGGGCUAACGCGUAUGAAUUCGCCGCUAGGGGCGCUAGUGUAGAUGGUGGUCUUUUCCAUAGUUCGAAAUGUCAAAUGUCACUUGUCACUUCAAUGACUGACAGCUGUUCUUUAGUCUUUUGGACCACCAUCAACAGAGCGCCAUCUUGAUAGUUAGCAUCGUGAUUAAUUACUUUGUUAUUUGCUCAUUAAUCGAUAGCUUAUUAUACAGUAAACUAAUGUGGUAGUGUGCAGUGAAUGGAGAAUUAAUUUUGAAGCGCGUUUAACCACCAUCUUGGAGUCAACGGCCGGUAGUCCACGUGCUUCUUGUAAAGUCUAGCUAUCGAUUUACAAGAGCUAACAAAUCACCGUACACUGUCUUGUACAACCGUACAAUUUUUGUCGUUUUUAAACCUCUUAAUACCUCGAUACUGGCGAAAUAGUCCCACUGGGCUGAAGCCAUAAUUUUAAAAGAAAAAAAAAACAGAGCCGCCAACUGGUGAGCAAAAAAACGAUAGCCCUCAUAGAGUGCGUGUUCAGAUAUUUGUGACCACCUCGGCCGCUCCGAUAUAUCUGAUGGCGACUGUACAAUGGCUAUCGGUAACCUACGUUUACUAAGUGGAAUAAUGAACUGUAGAAGAAACAUGUAAAAAUUUGGAAAAUUUACUUGUCAACACAUGUUUAUCACUUGUUUAUUAUUGUACUGUGGAUUUUGCGAAAUUUACACGGCAGUUAUAAAGCCUAGCUAAGAAAACAUUCGUUCUAAGAGAAACGAAACGCUAACUGUCUCUAUUUCACUAAUAAGGAAGAGUGAAAGACAUAAUUGUGGUAUUUCUACCUUAUUGUCGAUGGCGCUUACGCCAUUAUAAACGAUGCUCCGAUAUAAAUACAAUGCCGCGCGACGCUGUGCGGGCGUAAGCGCCGUCGACAAUAAGGUACCUUUUCAUAGAAAAUGCCCCAAUUCAUGUAAUUAACGGGUCUAACGCGAUUAAAUUUAAAUUAUCCUGUAUAAUUCGAAUUAUAGUAGAAUAAAAUAAAUUUUGACCCAAAAGUAAUUAUGUAAUAUUAAUAAUAAAAUGCUGUUCCCAUUAGAUGUAAGUAUUUUUUUGACAUGUAAAAUAUUUACUUAUAUUUUAUCAAUAAAAGAUUGGUUGAUUGAAAUUUCAUUAUUUUACCUUUUUUUCCGACGUUAAACUAACUAAUCUUCUUAGCACAAGUGUUUUCUCACUUAAAAAGAGACACCAGCGCAGAUAUUCUGAUUUGUGUUUUUUAAGCUACCGAAUAUUUUUUUUUUUUUAUAAUGUCGGGUAGUUUAGAAUUGUUUACCAGUAUCUUAAUCGACAUUUUGCUGGGACGUCAGUCUUCAGUGACCACAGCUAGUGCAACCUAGUUGAAACGUCAAAAAAAAGGUAAAACUAUGAAAUUUAAUCACGUUAGAUCCGUUAAUGACAUUAAUUAUGUGUACAAACAGCGAGAAUUUAGAGUGAUAGACAGACAAAAGCGUUUCGUUAUACGUUCUCUGCAAACGAUUGUCAUUUUGGCUAGGCCCCCACAUUACUAUGUUACAUUUGCGCGACUCACAAAUUUAAAGACAAAUCAAUGUGUAAAAUUAUUCGUUUUCUGCAGACUUUAUUCUACUAGAGAAUAUAAGUUCGUUAUUUAUAAAUGCAAGUGAUAUAGUUAUUUACGAUACGAGUGCGAAUUAACUAUUCGCACGUGUAUCGUACAACGUUUUAAAUUUUCGACGUAGUUACGUAAUGUGCUUAUUAUAGCACAGGGUGUCGUAAUACGAGUACCACAUGUACUGUAAAAUGUUAAAUAACCGAUAGUCAUUAAACAGCUGGCAUUACUGUACUCGUACUGUGUUUAGUUCAGAACAUUUCCAGUGAAAUUCAAUUUUGUACAGAAACCGCUAUUACAGGGUUCUAUGUUACAUUUUCAAGAUAGUUGAAAUUCGACUUAAUGUCACUAUGAUAAAGUUCAAAUUUCAGUUCGAUAAAAGUGAAACCUGUAACAUUGGGCCAGCGAAACAUCGACUAGGCGUAAGAUUAAAAUCGGUAAGAAUUCAAGAGACGUUCUAACGGUGACUUUACGAGAGUUGUUUUCUUAAAUAGUUUUGUCGCAUUGUUACGGUGUGCAAAUGUGAGGUGCCACAACGCUAUUUACAAUUAGGAUAGGGAUCUGACCAAUUAAUUAUAGACAUAUUGUUCUCGUUAUGAUGAUAAUUGUAUGUAUAAUUGUAAUGUAGACCAGGCGGCCGCUCACUGCCCCAGGGACCUUUCCAAACGGAGCGGCAGACAUAACAAAGUGACCGUCUUUAUAAAUAUCGACACUAUGAAAAAAAGACUUACAGUUGUAGGGCAUAAUCAUUUUCCAACGUUUUUUCACGGGAACGUACGAACGUGUCUCGCUAUACAAACGUUUAUACGACAAAUACGAACGUUUCCGAGAAAACACGAUGGAAAACAAUUAUGCACUAUAUCUGUAUCUUGUUCUGCCAAUCAAAAGAAAAAUGUGGUAAUUAUGCAUGUGAUGCAUUCAGUUACUGCGUUUCAACUUUUGAGAAGCAGUAUGAGAUACGAGAUUUUUUCAAAGUAUUGACGAUAUCAUAUUUUAAUAGAAAUUUGACAUUAAUGACUAUAUACGUCACAGCGAUCUUGUCAGUAGAAAAGGCGGCAAAUUAAAAAAAAAUGUAGGUGCGAAGAAGAAAUGUAGAAAAUUUGAAUUUCGCGCCUUUUUAACACGCUUUUAUUAGGUCGACCUGUAACUAACUAUGUAAUGGAAUCUAAAGUAACUAAUUUAACCAUCUUCCCGGUUUCCGAUGAAGCUGAAUACGCAUACGCAUGUAAGUCGGGUGACAAUGCAAUAUUAUGUACCAUCGAGCUGAUCUGAUGAUGAAGACAGGAGGUGGUCAUAGGAACUCUUGUGAUAAAACAACGCAACCUAAUUGUGUUUGGGGUUUUUAGAAUUGUAUCGAUGAGUAUUAGUUGCCUGUGGAAAAAAAGUACAGUCAGCGAUAAGAGCAUUCUACAGACAAGUUGGGUGUGUUUCAGUAUAUAUUGCCACAUUUUGUCAAUGCGAAUGCCAUGCACAGUUAUCUUGGUUCGACUCUAUCGCUCUAUUGCCGCGUGAUUUGCUGUCGACGCCACUCUGUUCGGAAUUGUACCUUAAAUUUAAUAGAGAAUUGGUAGAGCUUAGGAUAAUUUUAGCGUAAAGGUUUACAUUUAAGCGGGAGCAUGACGAAAUGUGAAAUGUUAUAACGCUUUAAAGUCUUUAUAAUAUUUGCUCUUUAUGCAAAGUUUAUUUACAAUCUUUUUUUCGUAAAGAGAACAAAAACAACGAAAGAGAGACUGACACUUUUUAAUGUUAAGGUAUUUUUUUUUACCUUAUUUUGGAAGCUACUUAAUUAUUUAAUGUGCCAUAUGUGAAUGGCAAAAAUCUGACCACAGAAGUGCACAAACUUUUACUGAAACUAAGUUAAACUUGUUGAAGCUAUAAGUUUCUUUGUAAUUCUCAAACUGUUUGAAAAAAAUUAACCAAAAUCAUUACCAACCUUUUUCGCCUUCCCGCACAAAUUUACAGUAAGUAGAUGCAAUUUUACCAAAAAACGUAUACCUAAUAGUACCCGCAUUCCAAUGUUUUUCCGCUUUUUUCUUCUAUAAAUAUUAUUUAGUGUUAUUGUCUUCCUGUAGUAAAUUUUGUAGUGAUUUAAAUAAAUUGCGAAAUGCAGUCGGAAAGCCGUAGAUACUAAAAUAUGCUAAGGUUUGGAGAUCCCCGGGCGGCGUAACUAUAUUUUCACUGUCCUAUUCGUAUGAAUACUAAACCACAAAUAUUAUCGAUAAAAUUAUCGAUGUUGAUUCUCAAACUACCAUUUCGAAAUAACAUAUUCACUAACUAAAUAUCAGUAAAUAAAUAUAUUUGCGGUUUAGUGCACAUUCAAAUCGGUAUUAUUUAGAAGUAAAUAGUUUUACUCGCAAUAUUUAAGCGUUCGCUCGCCCGCGCGUCGUCCUAAUAUUGUACGCUUAAAUACUAGACUAGACUAUCGCAACUCCGCGGUACCAGACCGGACCUAGCCUCGGAUGUGUCCAGAUAUUUUUAUAUAAAAUAUGUACUUGGCAAGAUUUGCUAAUACUCUUUUAAUUAUAACAAUUAUUAAUAAUGGAUUUUUGUAAUGUUUUAAUUAUAAACUUUACAUAGUAAUUAUUGUGAGAUUGUUCACAACAUUUGUCGUAUGUUUUGUAAUUUAUCACAUUUUAAAGAGUACAAAAUAUUGGAAUGUUAUAAUAAUGUUGUUCAUUAAUGAUAAGUUUUAGAAUAAUUCAAUUUUAAUGCUGUUUUUACCUAAUAUCAUUUGUCGUCUAAUUAUACAAAACUGAUGUAAAACCCCAACUUGUAAAUAAAGUGAUUUUGGUUUGGUAA